AAGUAUUUUACUUAUACAAAGUUAUUAGUGUUGCACUGGUUAGGGCGGAGUGUAAUUUGCUAGCAAUAAACGGAGUGCGCUGUAUGACCUGUAUGGAGCCUUCGUCAUCGUCGUCGGCGGAGUGGAAGGCAACAGCAAGCCAGGAAGAGCAGUGGGCACUUGAACAUCAUGUUUUUCGUAUCUAUCAACUCUUCUGUAAGAUUCCACCCAAAUCCCAAGCAGUGAUGUUAGAGCUUCAACGGGAUAAUCACAUCGAGUACCUUAUGAAAGGUCUUCGGCAACUCGGUCCCUCGUUUUCAGUCUUGGAUGCCAAUCGGCCAUGGAUUUGCUACUGGAUCCUUCAUUCAAUCGCUUUACUGGGAGAUUGUGUUGAUGAGGAUUUGGAGAGUAAUGCCAUUGACUUUUUGAGACGGUGCCAGGAUCAACAUGGUGGAUAUGGUGGAGGACCUGGGCAGAUGCCACAUCUUGCAACAACUUAUGCUGCUGUUAAUUCACUUAUCACCUUAGGUGGUCAUAAAGCUUUGUCAUCAAUUAACAGAGGCAAGAUCUACUCAUUUUUGCGCAGAAUGAAACAUACAAGUGGAGGCUUCAGUAUGCAUGAUGGUGGAGAAGUUGAUGUUCGUGCUUGUUACACUGCCAUUUCUGUUGCAAGUGCUCUAAGUAUCUUAGACAAAGAACUUAUUCUAGGUGUGGGAGAUUACAUCUUAAGCUGCCAGACCUAUGAAGGUGGCAUUGCUGGUGAACCAGGGUCAGAAGCUCAUGGUGGGUACACUUUUUGUGGGUUGGCUGCAAUGAUUUUGAUCAACGAAGUUAACCGUUUGGACUUACCUAAUUUAACUGAUUGGUUGGUUUUCAGACAAGGAGUGGAAGGUGGUUUCCAGGGCAGGACAAAUAAAUUGGUUGAUGGUUGCUAUUCCUUCUGGCAGGGAGGAGCUGCUGUGUUGAUACAAAGAUUACAUGCAGCCAGUGUUGGUGAAGCGGAGGAUCUUUUCCAGAGCCAUGCUUUGCAGCAAUAUAUCCUUUUGUGCUCACAGGUGGAGGGAGGGUUUAGGGAUAAACCGGGGAAGAGUAGGGACCACUAUCACACUUGUUAUUGUCUUAGUGGGCUUUCUGCAGCCCAGUUUCGGUGGCCCAAAGAUGCUGAUUCUGAACCUUUGCCGGGCUUUGUGUUGGGUCCGUAUUCUAAUCUCCUGGAACCAAUUAACCCUCUUUAUAACAUAGUUUUUGACCGGUACGAUGAGGCGCGUGAGUUCUUUACCGAGUCCAAUGAUGCGUAAAUUAUGUUAUAAGUUAUUGAUUUGGUUUUUGUCUUUUUUAAGUAUUCGUAUGUUGUUAAUGUUGUAACAUUUGUCUACAUAUAUUGAAUAUAUGGAUCUAGAUAUAUACCUCCUUUAUUGUCAAAGGUAUAUGAGGAAAAAUUUGGAGUCGAUAGGAAUCGAUAUAAUAUAGAUUUAAGUCUCAUAACCAUUAUUUAUAUAUUUUUAUUAGUAUACGAAUUAUAUUUCUUAUUGAUUUA